UUAUUUAACUUUAUCAGCUGAAUGGGGACCGUUAGCUGAGCGGUUCAAUAACCCGGGAAGCGCGUGUGUUGAACGCGUAACGCAGCUAGCUAACACCGCGAGAUGAUGCUCCAGGACGGAUCCACGCACCUCCUCUGCCUCACGGCCAGCAGCGGGGUCCCCCUCUUCACGCGGGGAGCCCCCAGACAGCUGCCCUUCCCGGUCAUCGGCUCCCUGAACGGCGUCCACAUGUUUGGGGGCGGCCAGGGGGUCGUGUUGUCCUGCUGCGAGACCGAGGGCGGGGGGAAGGUGGUGUGGAGGGUGUUCCAGGACAGCGUGAUGCUCAUCGCGGUGAGUGGAGGCGGCAGCAGCAGCAAAGAGGAGGAGGCUCGUCUGCAGCGCCUCCUGGAGGAUGUGUGGAGCUGCAUGGUGCUGGUGCUGGGCCAGGACGAGCUGGCCAACAUGAGGAAUGUGGAGAGGCUGAAGAGGGACCUGCGCUCCUGCUUCAGCCUCAUCGAUCAGCUGCUGGAGGAGAGACAACAGGGCAUCCUGGGUAACCUGACACACUGCGCUGACUCACUCCUGCCUCCCAACCCUGCUCUUCUUCAACAGGCAGUGGAUGGCUUUGCUCAGGCCGCAGACAGCGAGUUUGGAUGCCUCCUCGUCCACGGGCGAAUAGCUGCAGCCACGGAGAAGUGGUGGCGUCUGGCUCCACAGGAAGUCGUGCUGCUCUCCGCUGUGAUCCGGUCCCUCUCGGCCUCCGGAUCCGCUUCCUGUGAUUACCCGGUGUUCCUACCCCAUGGCAGCCCCACCGUGGCUCACCGCCUGCUCCGCUUCCAGCUGCUUCCAGGGGUAGACGUCUGUGUGCUGUGUGGUCCCACUCCUUCCCUGCACAGAGCCGAGAGUGAGCUGGUGGGUCGUUUCUGGUCACCACUGGUGGAGGCCCUGAGAGACUGCCUGGCCGUAGGAAAGCGCUGCAUGCCAACAUCUGUGUCCCUGCGCCCCGAUGUGCUGGCACUUCUCCUCAUUAACCGGGAAACACGCCGCUCAGUCUCCUGCGUGCGGACUCAUCAUCUGCCCAGUGACCCUCCUCUACCCUCAGAGGCCCGCUGCUGGGAGCUGCUGAAGCUGCUCUACAUCUUCAGCAGCACACGCUACUUCAGCCAGGAGGAGGCAUCGUGUGUCUCCCCGGAGGAGAGGUCUCAGAGAGGGAACACGGAAGACUUUGUCCUUGGAUUCUCACACCAGCCACUACAAUGCUACUCGGUCACAGAUGAAUGUAAAAGCUACGGACUUCAGACGGCACAGCACCAGCUCUUUCUGCUUAUCCCACCGUCAGUCCCCACCUUCGCACUGCGUUCCGUGGCCACACAGACUCUCUCUGACAUAGUUGCAGCCACUGGGUUUUAAGUGAAAAGUUUACGUUGCUAAAACGCCUCAGUUUUGGGUAAAUCUCGUACCCUUUGACCUAAUAAUAUAUCAAUGAAUUGGUGAAUAGCCUUUCAACUGUGAUUUGUAUUCUUUACUGAUAUUUCGGGUUUUCUUUAUAUUGUUACUGAUGACUGCAAACAUAUAAAAUUACACGAUGACAACCAGAUCUAUAGUAGAGGCAUAUAAAUACCUUCCAUGUGUUCAUGUUUUAUAAAGACAGUGAUUGACAGACCACUUGUAAUCAUACCAGGCAAGUUCGAUAUAAUACGGUUACUUAUUUAAAAUAACAUUAUGCAACUUUUUAACCUAAAAAUAGCAGCUCCAAAAUAAGUUGAUUGGUCACUGUCUUAGAAGAGGGAAAAUGGUGCUGCUAUCAUUUCAGUGAGUUGGGUGAUGCUGUCAAAGCUCCAGGUUUGGGUUUUUUCUCUACAUGAAACCACUUUAUUACUUGUGUGCCUGCAGAGGGCACUGUUGCUCAGUAAAACGUCACACAGUGUUGCUUUAAUGCUAAUGGCAGUUUGUGAACAAUUGAAAAUGCAAAGACAAAGUUAAUUCCUUUCAGCUUUGUUUAGCAUGUAAGGGAUUACUGUUCCCCAUUUAUGUUUAGCUUGGCUUCAGGCCUGUUGCUACAGCAAUGAAACCUGAACAAAUCUCAGUUUCACAUUACGUUUUCUUCCUGCUACUGAAUACUACCGUUACCUCUCGGAUUUCACUGCACCUCAAAGUGUAUUAGAGAAACGUGAGGAGGUUGCACUGGGAUAAAAUGUGCCUGCUGUCCGUUGUUUGAACAUUUUGAAUCGUUUGGCUCAACAUAAUAGUAAAUAUUUGUCUUUUCUAGUUCCUAUAUAUUUGGUUGAUUACUUUCUAUGGGUCUUUGUAUCAUUAAGGUAUUUAAUCCCAUCUUCAUAUCAAUGAUGAGAUAAUUACAAUGUUUGCAGUCUAUGGGUUGAAUGUUUCAUUGCAAAACAUCAGCUCAGUGGUUAUAUUAAUAUUACAAAUAAAACUGCCACUUAUAUAGUAAUAAUAUAAUGUUUUUUUGUAUCUCACACAGAUGAUAAAAAUCUAAAAGCAUC